AUGGGCGGGAUGGAUAUGGGCAGUGGCAUGCUUCAAACACUAAACAUGGCACUGGCACGGGCGUAUUGGUACAUUAUUGCAGGAGUGCUGGCGCUUCUCGCCAUCGUUCGCACACUCAAUUACGUCCAGAACUGGUUUAGGUUGCGGAUAAGCCAGACGAAAUCGGUGCAAUAUCCAACCAAACCUACAAAUAUAUAUAUGCAAAUAUGGGCGACAAUGACAGCGAUCGGGCGGGAAAUGAGCUACCCGCAGCUCUAUGUCCCGUACCCGGGUCUUUCGUGGAUGACACCGCCGCCCAUGGGGCGCAUCCUGGUGCUUUUGGCCUAUUGGGCUGUCAUUAUUUACAUGAUAUCGGCGGGCGCCAUCAUCAAGGACGCAUACUUCUGGGAACGAAUCGCCUUCCGGAACGCCUGGGUAACCGUCACGCAGAUGCCAUUUCUCUACUUACUGGCAUCGAAGACGAAUGUGAUCGGGUUCAUCACAGGUAUGAGUUACGAACGCCUUAACUGGCUUCAUCGAUGGGUUGCUCGAACCAUGUUCGUGACGGCAAGCGUUCACGGAUGGCACUUCUGGACGGAGUGGACUCGAGCAGAAAUCCUAGAAAUCGAGUUGGAGAUGAUGCCCAUGGUCAAGUAUGGACUCGGCGCGUGGGGCAUUCUGCUGUGGAUGGUGGUCACAUCGUUCAAGCCAUUCCGCUCUAUGGCGUAUGAGAUCUUUGUCGUGCAACACAUCAUAGCGGCGAUACUCUUUAUCUACAUUGUCUGGGUCCAUGUUCCGGAUUACGCACGCUACAAUAUUUGGUUUACAGUUGCGGCCAUCUGUUCCGAUCGGGCCUUCAGGUUGGCUCUGCUGGCGUGGCAAAACAUCAAAUUUAAUCCGAACAACUCGCGAUGCAAAGGGGGACAACGAUUUGGUCACCAAACACAAGUCACCGUUGUUGGGGAUUCUAUGACGAUACUCACCGUCAAAGACGUGCACUUCAAGUGGAGAGCGGGGCAGCAUCUCUACCUCUGGCUGCCGCGGGUCGGUGCGUUCGAAGCUCACCCGUACACGAUAGCCUGUCCGCAUCAGGUGCCCGAGACUUGCAUAUGCAACAGCGUUCAGCUCGUAAUACGUUCUCAUUCCGGGUUUUCGAAGCGACUUCACACCUUCGCAACUAAGAUGGCUGCGUCGGGCAAGAAGCAAACAUUGACAGCAUUGGUGGCAGGCCCGUACGGCCGCCCUCCACGGUGGGACAUUUUUGAGACCCUGGUUCUGAUUUCCGCAUCCACGGGCACAUCAUUCACCUUGCCGAUCCUGGAGAGUGUUCUUCAAACCAGAUCGGCUACCUGUACGAAGAAGAUUGACUUCAUUCUCACGGCCAGACAAGGCGAGGAAAUUGGCUUCUAUCACGAACGGCUGCAUGAAGCGAUCGCGCUCGCUGCUGAUAGAGGGAUUGACCUAUCAGUGCACAUCGCAGUGACUGGACAUGGUCAAUUGGAGCUAAUUGAAUCGUCACUUUCAUCUGCCUCAGCUCGAACGACCAACCCUGAGAAGAAAGUUCAACCGGUCGACAACAGUAAUAAGAUGCGCUUCCCGAUUACUACGGAUUGCGAAGCUACAGGAGACCAGAGACGGGCUUUCAACAGUAGCGAUUCAACUGCCGUUGAGAAGACUAGCGACUUUGAAGCAGUGACGUCGUCGGGCUGCUGUGCUGCGCGGAAGUCUGUAUUGCCGGCCAGUGCUGACGAUGCCCAUAUCCACCACUACUCUUCGAGACCAGAUGUAGCUGAGUUCAUCAGAAGAGCCGUUGAAGCUACGGGUGGAGAAACAGGGGUUAUAGUUUGUGGAGGUACAUCACUCGUGUCCAGAGUUCGAACUAGCGUGGCCAAGUUGAGCGAUGAGAGGGCAGUGCACAAAGGGACUGGGGCUCAAGGGAUUCAUCUCCAUGUGGAGGAGUACUGCUUCUGA